CCGCUUCCGGCAAUAAUCACUCAGUACCAACAUGGCUGACACCGGGAAAACGACGAUUUCUAACUCAAAGAAAGUCGAUUUGGGCCUCCUGGAGGAGGACGACGAGUUUGAGGAGUUCCCGGCGGAGGACUGGACGGCGAAGGAGGAGGACCUGGAUGACGUGAACGUCUGGGAGGACAACUGGGACGACGACAACGUAGAGGAAGACUUCAGCAAGCAGCUGCGGGCCGAGCUUGAGAAGCAGGGACACAAGUGGGAGGCGGGCAAGCCCGUCGCCAUGGACACGGCGUAGCGGCGUCUCGAUAUGCCGCCCGAGGACGUCGAGGCACGUGCAUUGAGAUUCGGAGGGAGGAGCGGAGAGUUUGCGGAGGACCGGAGAGUGUGCGGAAGACCGGAGAGUUUGCGGAGGACCGGAGAGUGCGGAGGACCGGAGAGUGUGCGGAAGACCGGAGAGUUUGCGGAGGACCGGAGAGUUUGCGGAGGACCAGAGAAUUUGCGGAGGACCGGAGAGUGUGCGGAGGACCGGAGAGUGUGCGGAGGACCGGAGAGUGUGCGGAGGACCGGUGAGUUUGCAGAGAACCGGGAAGUUUGCGGAGGACCGGAGAGUGUGCGGAGGACCGGUGAGUUUGCAGAGAACCGGGAAGUUUGCGGAAGACCGCGUGUCGUUGUCGUUCUCGCACUGUACAGGAUGUCGCCGUUUGUUUUCGUGAAAUCUGACGCAGAAACCGCCGUCUAGUAGCUUAUUUGCUGACGGUUCGCGUCUCGUGUGAUCUGUGUGUUUGUAUAUCGUGUUAAAUGCGGUUACGUGUAAGGCAAAAAGGUCUGCUGAUGCUACAUGCUCAUACAAUGAAAACUGUCAUGAGCACAAUUGAUUUGCAUUUCUAGUAUACCUACCAUACAUUUGUGUCAAAUAGACAAUGAUUUACCAGCCAUGCUGUUUGGUGCCUCCCAAUACUACUAUUGUUUUCUUAUAAAUACAAUACCUGUUCAAGAGUAUCAUACUGUCUGGUAUAUCCUAUCACAAAAUCUGUGUAAUAAUAAAAGACUGGAAAUUUUCGUGUAAGAAAA